AUGUUUCCUUGGAUUUGCUGCAUUUCCUUCUUCAUUAUUGUUGAGGCUCAGUAUGGACAACCAACGAUUGCUUUGAAAGAUUUGCCGCCUUCAUUGUCAUACUCAAAUGGAAAUGUAGCUUCAAACUAUGAAAUUCCAAUUUAUAAUAAUCAUGAUGAAUGGUCGAAAAGCGAGAGUCGAGAAGAUUAUUGCAGUGAAAAACGAGUGAAAGAGGCGUUUUGUCCAAAGAGACUCUCAUUGGAGGGAUCGAAAUGUUGGGUACCGGAAACGAGAAAGAUUGAUCUAAAUGAUCGUGAAUAUUUGGAAGUGAGAUGUGAUGGAAGAAAUGAAACGAUAGCUUUGGUUACUGGAGAAGGAAAGGCGGGUUUGACUUCAACGACAACAACCACCACGACCACCACUACAACAACGACGAGAACGACCCCUACGAUAACGACAACCACGAACACUACCACGACGACUACAACUACUACAACAACCACGACCACCACUACGACGACGACUACGACGACGACGAUCACCACAACAACAACUACUACUACUACUACGACAACAACAACGACGACAACAACAACGACGACCACUACGACGACGACUACAACUACUACAACAACCACGACCACCACUACGACGACGACAACGACGACGACGACCACUACAACAACAACUACUACUACGACAACGACAACCACAACGACGACAACAACAACUACGACGACGACAACAACGACGACAACAACAACGACGACAACAACAACGACGACAACAACAACCAAUACUACUACAACCACGACGACCACAACGACAACAACCACUACUACGACGACCACAACGACGACGACAACGACGACGACAACAACAACCACUACUACUACUACAACCACGACUACCACUACGACGACGACGACCACCACCACAACCACAACGACAACAACAACAACUACUACUACGACGACGACCACAACAACAACAACAACAACAACAACAACAACAACUACUACUACUACUACUACUACUACUACUACUACAACCACGACGACAACAACCACUACUACUACGACAACAACAACUACGACGACGACAACAACGACGACGACAACAACGACGACGACCACUACCACUACCACCACCACUACCACCACCACAACGACAACAACAACAACUACUACUACGACCACCACAACAACAACAACCUCGACGACAACGACCACAAUAUCCAAUUCCUGUCCAUACCUCACUCUCACACUAGUUUUGGCCAACUCGUGGAGUGGAAACAAUGGUGCUAAUAUAUACAAUCAGUACAUUUUGACCUUCAAAAAUUCGGCCAAACAACCGGUGUGCGCUGGAGCUGUUUUCUCGAUGCAAUUGAAUGGGCUCACAAUAACCGAUCAUUAUAACUUCGAUUCGUUGGGCGGUUCUUUGUAUGUUUUACCAUCUGGAUGGACAACAGUGCCGGCUGAGGGAAUCUACAAUACAUCUGGUGUCACUCUUAUGGGAGUCGGCUCGUUUAAUGUGGCUGUUGUAAGCUGUAAAUUAUGC